AUGUCUGCAGAUGUUCCUAGAUUUUUGUUUCUUUUCACCGAUGACUCGGCGGAGGCACAUUAUAGUAAUGCAGCGAGAUUUCGGCUGUCUCCAUGCGGAUCGGAGUUCGAAUACGAGAUCCCCGAUGCUACAGCUCACCCACUGCAAAGGCCUGAAAGGAGGAGGCAUAGAACAGAGUUUGCGACCAGCAGUUUCCAGGGCAGAGUACUGCAGCUAUUGGAGUUCCGCAAUACAUUUUCUAGACGUCCUUUUCUGCCUUCAAACCUUAUUGCUUCGGAUAAAAAAAUUAAUCUUUUGACUGAGCUGUGUGACGUUGCAUGGCCCAGCAUUGGCAACGCAGCAGACUGGGUGACCUAUCUUGAGGAUGGCAGCGUGAAGGUUUCCUCCCUGGAUGGAAAUGCCUAUUUGUAUAUGCCUGCCAUGAUGCAAGAAUUCACUGUGAAGUUCCUGUGCCAGCUGAGCUGUAAAGUCACUUCACCAGUUUAUGAGGCGCAAUGCACAAACGAUCAUUGUCAUGAACCUAAAGUCAGAAAUGUGUCGAGUUCAGAAACUACAAAUUCUAAAGUCAGAAUCAGGUCAAAGUAUUCUUCAUACCCAUUCCAACCAAGUGAAGAGACAAUUGCAUUUAAUAAACAUGCAUUUCAGUAUACGUGGCAACUUCAGAGCUUUUCUGUGUUUUCAUGUCCUCCCGCAUUUCAUUACCCAAUGGCCUUAGCCAUUUAUUUUCAUCAAAAACGGACGGAACAAACGGAGGAAAGUGACUCUCCAACAAAGGCUGAGGUUGCAGCUGAAGCCUUUAUUAAGGGUCAUGAAAAUGGAGCAGUUUCCAAUUUACCUACAGCUUUACCAUUAAGCUGUCGCGCAGCCCACUUUCACAGUCUGUGUGCUUUUUUUUUCCUUAGAUGGAAUUUCUUUGAAUUGUCACAGGAAAAACAAGAUGUUAAAUCCGCUUUGUCCCUGCUUCCUUUGAAAGUGGUGAUAAGCGGUAAUGUAACUUACAGAUUGCUUUUCGAUCGCACCGAUAUUGUGGAAAUACACCCUGGCGAUGGCUCGGUUUUCAUUUCAGAAGGGCUGUAUAUAGGAAAAUAUUUCAAGUACAGCUUUAUUAAGGAAUCACAGGUAGAAGCAAAUCCCAUGUGCCCUUCAUCUUCUGCUUUUCCUCAGUCAUACUAUGGUUUGCAGCUUCAUUUGCUUUUCGAUCGCACCGAUAUUGUGGAAAUACACCCUGGCGAUGGCUCGGUUUUCAUUUCAGAAGGGCUGUAUAUAGGAAAAUAUUUCAAGUACAGCUUUAUUAAGGAAUCACAGAAAGAAGAACGGAUUUAUGCAACAAGUGACCUUCCCCCAGACAAACCUAGAGAUUUGUAUUCAGUGCGGGAUAUAAUAACACAGGCAACAAGGUUUCUGGAAAUUUGUUAUAAAAACAAGCUCUCAUUGAACCCGGUUUCUGAAAUCUGUUGCUGGCAAAUGGAAUCUUUGGAAGACACCAAGCCUUCUGUACCAAAACGGAUUGUGAAGUCUGAUGUUCCGGGCAUAGGGAGUUUUGCAGCUUACUCUGAUAAUAUGGUGCUCGCUACAUUUUUGGAUGGUGUGAUUCUGCAUAUGAUUUGGGGAUUUUCCUUUCACAAACACAAACAGGGUCGAAUAAAAGACCAGUGGUUUCUACCUGUGGGUUCAACUGCUGUUGAAUCAGACCAUUUUGGUUGGUGUAAACUGCGCUUUCCUAAUGGAUCGACAAAAUAUGUUCGACUGCAAUGGCCAGGAUCUUAUGCAAGGUCAGUGGCAGCAGAACUACAGAAAAUACAAAGGUUUCAGUUUCUGCUUGAACAUAAUACAGUGAUGUGCAAAAAUGACAAACUUUCUAUGCAGCCAGAUCUUGACCAUAGCGACAUGCCUAGUGAAAUGAAUAUACAAUCUAUUUUAGAAAAGACAUCAAAAGCUAUAAAAGACAUUGACUUAUUGCUUUCCUCUAGAAAGUAAUAAGUAAUAACGAGCUAUGGACACAACAGGGUAGCUGCCCUACGGGACGCUCUGAUUGGACAGUAUACUAGUAUUAAUCUUUUUAUUGUUUGUUUUUAUAUUUUUCAUUUUGAGAUUUCAGAUUCAUCACAACUGUUAAAAUAAUCUCCUCUAAAUGUCUGAUAGUUUAUGUACUUUCAUAUGGUUUAUUUAAUUUAUUGCUGCAAUAUAUUAUGUAACAGAGUUUGAUAUUUUUAUUUGUUAAUAAACUGUUUUAUUUGUAUUUUUAUUUCUACAUGUAGCAAUCAUAAAUACCAAUGAAAAAAAUAUAUUUAUGGCUUCUUGUUAUUCUCUGUAUGUACUUUAUGGUAGUAGUUGUGCACCAACACUACAUCAUUUGUAUAAACUUGGUCGGUAUAUAAAUAAAAAGGUACAGUAAACAUUAUUAUUAUUAUUAUUACAAACAUUGAUGUAUAUGAUUAAUAUGGAACUGGACAGAGGGUUAACAUUGCAAAUUAAAGGGAUUUUAAAACCUG